AUGGCUUUGGAUAUCAACAAGGAUGUUCGAUCAAACAUAAAAUACGCCCAAAUAUUUCAAUUUUUUAAUAACUUUGGAGAACUUAUCGAUAUUAAACCGAACUUUGAAGAAUUUGAAUCCAUCUUGACGGGCAAAGACAACGAUGGGAGUGAGUCUUAUUAUUUUGUGUUUUUGAUGUUCUAGGCUUUUAUAACUCUUCAUAGUACUGGAUAGUUGUAGAAAUUGAGCUAACAAGUAUUUUCUUAUCAGAAUUCGUCCAUAGUCAUAAAUAAACUAUCUUUUGUUUAUUAUUUAUUAUGGUAAUAAUUUCUAUCGAAAUGUUACCUGUUUUCUUCAAGUUUGUAGAUUUGUGGCGCUUAAUUGAUAGUAUAUUUAAUUUUAGUAUCAGUAGAGUUGUUGGAGCUACAAGCCAAACUACUACGACGAGCCUUUGACAAUUAUCGCUACACGAAUAAAUCCAAUGUUGUUAUUGAAAGAUUCAUUGAAGAACACACAGAACUUCAAAACUUGGACGGAUACAAAGAUUACUUCGACAUUCCUUUGGAUUUGAAGAUGGAGUUAUUCCUGGAGAUUUGUGAUUUGGCUGCAGUUAAUGUAAAGAAUAUACAACUUGGAGUAGGUUGCUUUAUACCUAAUAUUUUACUUCAUUUUUUUCAAGCAUAAUUUUUGUUUAUGCUUAUUAUUUUACUUUAUGCUAAAGUAGUAUUUUAAUUUUCGAAUAUUCUAAAUAUUAUAUUUAUGAACUAAAGUUUAACUGAAAUGUUUUCAGAUGCGAUUAGGCAAAAUGGGACGUUGGGAAAUGCGUUGGAAGCCUUUGGGUAAAGAUUACGAUCAAACUGAAUAUUACUAUCAAGAAGACAGAGAUUUAAAUAUUAGGAUAUACACUAAUUCAACUGUUAACAACAAAAACGUUUGGAGUUUGAAAACGAAGUAAGUUUUAAAUCUUUAUUUAUUAAUUUUUUAACUCUUUUUAUUCGAAAAGUCAGUUUUAUCUAUCCUAUAAUACCUUAACAUAAACCAAAAAGGCUCAACUAAUCAAAUAAUAAAAUUACAAUGUUUUGUUCAGGACAACACAAGGCUUGUAUAAGUUAAUUAAUCAAUUGAAAGGUGCUGAGCCGAUUGAUGAGAGCAUAUCUGUUGCUGAACUACCCGAACUGUAUAUGUCAAGAGCUGACAAAAAGUUCUACGUGUUGUUCGACAAGGAAUACUCGUAUAUUGGUGUCCCUAGACAAAUCGUGGAGAAGGUAAGAAAGAAACGGGGUUUUUAAGAUGUUUAUAGAACUUAAACUCAUUCAAUUUGAUAGUACAUGUUUAUGAUAGCGUUACAAAUUUGUAGGUAUAAUAAUAGUGACAUUGCUUUUUGACAAUGAAUGAAAUACUUGUUUUAGCCUAAACCCACGAAAGACAAAAAACGAAAAUCGAACAUAAAAGGGAAAGGAGAUAAUACUCAAAAACCUGUGGAAGGUGAAGUGAAAGAACAGAAAGCAAAGGAACCCAAAAAAGUAGAGGAAAAGGCCAACAGAGUAAUUUUGAAAGCGUAAGUUAGUUAAUCCAGAAAGGAGUUAUAUGAAAAAAACAUUUUUUUACAAAGCAAAUAUUUUAAUUAUAUUUUUUUUAAAUUUAAUUUUUAUAACGUAAAAAAUAAUGACAAAACCUCAUUUAGUGUGAAAUUGUCGGCAACUCAGAACAAGGAAGCCAAUUUGAUGUCAAGCUGGCUGAAUCGCAUCCCAACCGAAGCCAAAUUUAACUGUAAGAAGUGCAACGAAAAAGGAGACGCUACAUCUUUGAACGUAUGCAAAACUUGUGACGUACGGUACCAUUUUGCAUGUGUCAAUCGUGCUACGAAAAGUCGUAUGUGGAAUUGUCCCAAAUGCACCAACAAAGACUUGGUGGGCCGUUUAACUAUGGUAUACAUACGGCUUAAUGAACUGAAAGAAAAGAAGCGACAACAGCUUCUGGAGAAGAACAAUAUUGUGGUAAAGUCCGGGUAUUCUCUCAGGAAGUAUCAGGCGUUGGAGAAGUUGGAACAAGCGCUCAUAGAUGAAGGAUCAGAUGUGGAAUCGGAGGAAGAAGUCGAUAGCAGUUAUCAUGAAGACAAUGACGGGGAAGAAGAAGAGGGCGAUAAUGAAGAAGAUGGGGAUGAAAACGAAGAACCUUCAGAUUCCGAGGAUGACAAUAUAUAA